CACUGACAAUGCUACAAUUUCUCUGUUGACUUUUUCUCUUUUUUAAAUGGCGAACAACAGAGUUAAUAUUGCGGAAGUUUCUCUUAACGGAGCUGCAGGAAGUCAACCUUCUCAUCCCUCAAAAUAAAGUUAUAGCGUGAUCAGCAGUCAUGGAUUCACAAGCAACCCCACAGCCAGUCAUAUGUGAAGUCUGUGGAACAUACUUUGAGACACGGCGAGGGCUAUCCAGCCACGCCCGCCUGCAUCUAAGGCAGCUCGGUGUGACGUUGUCAGAAAGCAGCGGAGCUCCCAUAGAGCUCCUCUACCAGCUUAUCGAGGAGAGAGAUGGCUCCCUCCCCAAUUUCAAAGCAGAUUCCUCUACACCUGAACCAACUCCUCUCAAAAACACAACCCAGCAGGAGUCCACUCCCUCAGUACCGGAGGAAAAGAAUUCCUCUUACAAGGCAGCGGGUCGAGUCACAACAACUCCCCAAAAAAUGGAUCAUCAGGGAUCUCCAGUUAGAUUAAAAGAAUCAGCAGCCACUCUCCUCCCGUCAUCUCCAUCUUCUCUUAGGCUCAUUGAAGGCGGCAGCUCAUCCUCCUUAGAGCACCAAACCACAACCAAGCCACUAUGGGCACCACUGGAAACUGAUGCCCCUAUUAAAUUAGACACCAACGAUGAGGUCCAUGUGUGUCAGCUUUGUGGCUGCUGGUACGAGACACGCAAGGGCUUGUCCAGUCACGCUCGCGCCCAUCUGCGUCAGAUUGGAAUCCCUGACAGUGACAUUAAGGGCAGCCCUAUUGAUUUUCUUUAUCAAAUUAUGGAGGAGGAGGACCUCAAACCCAUCAGCAGUGAUGAACAGGUGCCACCUACCUCAAACAGUCCCCCUAGAUCCUCCUCCAGACGCCCUUCUGAUCUGUCCUCUCCACCUGCAUCUCCCCCCAACAAACGGCCUAAAACAUCAGAUGAUUGUACCUGUGUUCUGUGCGGGGAGGAGUUUGAGAAUCGUAAAGGCCUGGGCAGCCACGCUCGCUCUCACCUGCGUCAGAUGGGGGUGACUGACUUGAUGGGGAAAAGCUCUGCAAUCGACACCAUUCAGGAACUGGUCAGCAGUGGCAUGUUAGAAGCCAUGCACCCCCACAGAACAAACAGUGCAUCCAGCUCAUCUGCUGUGCCAUCUACAGCCCCAGCCUGUCCUGUAGCCCCAGUACUGUCUCCAAGUCUGGACCAAUCCCGGAGCCCAUUUCCUUCCACAUCCCUCACCCCAAGCCCUACAAAGACAACUCAGUCUCCUCAAACUGCUGUCAACAGGGCCCCAAAGGCAAAGAAAGGCUUUCGGCUAGCAGUGGACCCCCUCCAUAGGAAGCCCAAGCCUGAGCCUGUGGAGAUUGAGGUGUCUGUUCAACCGAAGGCAUCCAGCACUAUCGGCAGCUCUCCCACGCAGAAGUCGCCCGCUGCUGCUGUUGCUUCAAAGCCUUUCAGUGCAGUGUCCUCCACAGACAUACAAUCUCCACCAACAGUCCUUUGUGACUUCUGUGGCCAGCUGUUUGACACCCGCAAAGCCUUGUCAUGCCAUGUCCGUGCUCAUCUACGCCAGCUCGGCCUCACCUGGUCGAUCAAAACAUCACCGAUUGACCUCCUCAGAGAGGUCAUGUUGCAUGGUGAAGAUGGCAAGAAAUGGACUUCAGCAUCAGGUAAAGCCACAUGGACCCCACAAGGCUCCAAAAGGUCCCUGGAUGGCCCCCAGUCGAGGGAACCAGCCUCCAGCAACUGUACCACACCUCUUGAUUAUUCCAUAAAAGAGAAAUCCCCAUCCGGCAAGAGUGGAGCCACACACAUUGACACGUCCUGUGAGCUUUGUGGGUUUGACUUUGAAAACCGCAAGGCCCUGGCCAGUCACGCACGAGCCCACCUCCGACAACUGGGAAUCAUCGAAUGGAAGGCCGACGGGGCGAGUUCGCCGAUCGAACUCCUCAGUGAGUUGAUCCGAAGGGACCCGGCCAAAGUGGCAGCAAUAAACCGACGCUACCGUAUGGGAGACCUUUAUAUCAAGAAGUCCCAGAGAAGUGCUGCUUCGCCCUCCUUGUCCACAGACUCUGACUCUGUGCCUGGCAGCAGCAUGAAGCCUGAGCACAAGGCGGGCAGAGAGGACUUGGGCAUCUCUGCAGGCUCAUCCAGACAAUCACAAGGCUACACGCGGACUCUUGCAGCCCACACCCAGCCAAGGGGUGCCCAUCCACCAAAACACGCAGUGCCUACAGGGGAGGAAAAUCAGGACACCAACUCCCAGCAGCCAUCACGGUCCGGCAGUAUCCCUGCUAUGCUGCCAAAGCCCCCGCUAACACCGCUGGUCAAGCUGGUGGGCAAAGUCUACUCUCUCAAGUGCAGGUUCUGCGAAGAAGUGUUUCACGGACCUCUGUCUGUUCAAGAGCAGUGGAUCACACACCUGCAGAAACACAUCCUGUCACUGGGCUACAAAGGCAAAGCAUCUCCUCCCGCUGCACCGGUGGCAGCUCCAGCUCUUGUACAUCCAGUAGCUGUCUAGUCCAUGAAGUCUUUCUCUAAUUCAUAUUAAAAAAGAAGGUUGUCAUUUUUAUCAUCAUGUCAAGAGUCGAGAGGAAGUGUGCAUUUUCAGGUACUACAUUGCAAAAUAGACUUUCCCUUCUUGUCGGGGAAAGGGCAAAUAUGAGUCGCACUAGGAAAGCAGCAUAAUGUGGUCCACUCAGGUGAAGUCCAAUAGAUCACAGUACUGAUACUGAAAAAAUAGUUCAUCCCUUAUUUUGAUUAUCAGUGGUUUCCUCCUGCUGCUCACACAUUCCUUCCAUUUGUACUAAUGUUCAAUGUGUUUGAAUGUGAUUCAGUGUUUGUCAUUAACCAACAAGUCCCACACUGAGAGAGUGAUCCUGGCCAAAACGAAUUUCUCUUCUUGGUUUUGCCUUUGAAUUGAGCCUUCUUUUAUAAAUGUAUGUUUUAAGUGUUUUACUUUAAAUCUGCAAAGAUUUUAGUUUUUCCAUCAAAUGGAAAAACAUUUUAGAAAAUUACAUCACUGAUACCAGAAAGUGGUAAUGUCUUAAAAAUCAGAGCCUCUGCCAUCUUGACCGUAGACACACUGUGUUUCUGUUCUUCUUCAGGUAUAACUGCUAAUCACAAACAGUUUUUUGGUCUUUUUACAUUACUUUUCUUUUUAACACUUGUUAUGUAAAUUAAAUUCUCUCUUGUAUAUAAACACAGUGUAUGAAACACACUUUUUAUUUACAAAUGAAAAUCAAUGGAGAUGAGUUUCUUUAGGAGUAAAUAAUGAGGAACAGGCUGCACUUCAGCAGGAAAACUCAUAAUACAGAUACAGUUUGUCCACAUUGGCAAUAGAUACACUUGUCUUAGCAGUUUCUCAUAUAAUCCAAUGUGUUGAACAAUCUUCCAUGAUAUGCAGCACAUUAAUUCUCCCAUUCACACACAUGUAUUGUUGUAUCCUCUCCUUUAAAUUGUGUUUUUCUGUCAAACUUUUAAAUAAAUGUUU